UUUCGUUUCGUUUUCGCUUUUCUCUCUGUGGUUGUCUUCCCUUCUUCUCCUUUUCUCUCGUUCGCGCGAUUCCUUCCCCUUCCAGCAGUCCUCCCAGCGAGAUGGUGACCCUCGUGAAGACGUGUGCCCUCCUCCUCAUUGCGGCCUCCGUCGCCCUUGCGUCACACUCAGAGCUCGCCCGCCCCUGCGCCGCUGGAAACAUCCAGGGCUGCCCACAGGAAGAUGUCGCGCCGCCCGACGCUGCGAGAAUGGCCGUUCAGCAGCCGACUGUUGGGGAGGGUGGUGAGACACCGCUCCAGCGGCAGCUGACCGCCCCUGAGACAGGCGACGCCAGCGCGUCGGCCGCCGAGGUGCCUGAGAAGGUGGAGUUGCGACAGCUGACGGACGCCGAGGCGGCGGCCGUUGUGGAGGGUCUCCGGAAGCUGGACCCUCGUCAGGCGCAGCACAUCAUCCGGUCGGGGUUCCUUGCGCGGACCUGCCCGUUGAACGGUGGCCCAUCCUGCCCUGUGGCCUACUUCUCCGCCGAGGCUGGCAUCCGCCGGAUGCCCACCAACCAGAACGGCGUCACCCUACAGGGCCCCGAGGAGGCCUUCAUCCAGUAGUAAGCAACCCACCACACCGCAACACACACACAACGCAUCCCAUGUACGUCUGCUGGUGGUGGGGUGUGUGUGUGUGUGUGCGUGCAGCCGUGACUGGGUUAACGACGGUGGUCAGUAUCAGAUCAAGGUGCCCAACAUGAGCGGAAACGAGAACAGACCCGUCAGGGCGUCGCCCGAGAACGCCGCAGCGGCCGGCAGGGCCAUCGGCAUGGCGGCCAUGAAGGCCAAGGGCAACCCCUUUGUCAGGACCCAGCCCGCCCAGGAGCAGCCGCCGGCCGCUGGCGCUGGCGGCGUUGGCGGCUCCUCGUCCUCGCCCGAGACGAGGCUGAACCCGCAGAAGAAGGCCUACUUGCCGGGUGAGAUCCGAGGCACGAGCCGCAGCACCCGCCCCAACACCCUGAGGCGGUUGAGGGAGGAGAGGGACCAGUGAGGACACUCACGAACAGACCGACUUACUACUUCCUGUAGCUAACUGCCUACUGCUGCUUCCUGCAUGUUGUGUAUGGUGUUGUGUGGUGUGGUGUUGUGUGGUGUGUGUACACUGGCUGACGAUGGUGUGGUGUGUGCAGAUGUGGG